AUGCUGGCCGUCUCUAUGGAGUGCCUUGAACUCUAUCACCAAAUUCACAGAAGAAAACCCUUGUUCAGUGUACAGGCAAUGGUCAAGGUGUUAUGUGCACUCCACAAUCGUACUUAUUAUCAGUCGCUACGGGACCAGUUUGCUGUGGCCUUUGAUGCAUAUCUCGAAAUCUUAAGACAGGUGAAAAGUCUUGUUGAUCGAGCACUGGGACAAGACACACCACAUUGGCGCAUGUUGCAUGCUUGCCCAGCAUGUGACUAUAAGCAACUUGAUGAGCUGCCUCUUUACCCUGCGCGACUUGAUGCCUUUGAUGGCAAUAACUCGCUGAAACGUGUUGAUGGCUCUGGCCAUGCUGACGAGUGCUGCUUCACCUCUUCGUAUCACAUUAGUACUGACGAGGUAGAACAAUUCAAAGAUGAUGUUCGCUUACGCCCUGGCGCUCGCCCAGCCACUGUGCAUGUGGAGCCCGAAACUUCGGUUGUGCAAGAGACUCCCGCUUCACUCGAACCUUCUGCUUCACUCGAACUUUCCACUCCACUCAAACCUUCACCUGCCAUUCGGGUUUCAAAUGAUUCGUUGUGUACAGACAACUGGAAGGCUGCGAAUACAAUAACUGAAAAUACCACCAAUGUGUUUGAACAAACAGGUGUCUUCGUUAGCGCAUGCCGUCAUGGGAUUAUUCAAACUCUUGUUGAAAUGAGGCGAAGUGGUGAACUGUACUAUGCUCUUGCAACAGCGAACAAGUUGAUUGAUGUCUAUGGGCCCAAUGGUGUGACUGGUUACGACAUUGGUUGCUCAUUCUCAAAGACAGCCAUGGCCAGCUCAAUCGCUGACAAAGUGAAGACCCUAAAUCAUCGUUUCGUUGUCAACUCUUUUCACAGACAUGCCCACAAUCGUCGCUGUCAACUACAGUACCAUACUCUCUAUCAAGAAGGUCUUGGGAUCGAGGAUCUGGAGACUUGUGAGCAUGUUUUUUCAGGUUCUAAUGCUUGGGAUCAAGACCGCUAUCAGGAACUUAGUCAAUUCCUCUACAACAACUACAAGCAGGCGCUUGACAUUAUCAAUGAUGUAACUCCCGCUGUUGAGGAAUUGAAAGCGCAGCUCGAUCUUACAGACGCUGACUUCCAUCGUUGGAACAUUGAAGAACUUGAAUAUCUCGAGAGCCUUGCCAGUGAGGUGGAAUAUGAUCCUCAGAAGACAGCAUAUGUUGAAGCACUCCAGUCUCUGAUGAUGGCUGAGGCUGAAUAUGGUGGUAUCACUUCGGUUCAAUUUCUCUCGUAUGUACCAGCCGAUUUCACACAACACUCCGGGCUACGCAAAGGACCCCAAGCAGCCACCAGAGCAUGGGAAGUUGAACGUCGAGCCGCGCACAACAAACUCCUUCUUGAAAUGAACACCGUGCUUGAUUUAGAGAGGAGGAUCGGCAUUACACAACGCUGGACUCCGGCUGACCUUGAGUAUCAAGAAGCACUCAAAUACUUGCAUAAUCAGCAGUUUAUUCGUGCCGUUCAGCAUCUAGAAGGUCUUGUAGUGCAGAGAUUGUUCGAACUUGCCAAAGCAAACUUAGCUGGUACAGGAUAUAAAAUGCAGCAACAAAUCUCGAAUGCAAUCACUCAAUGUUCCACCGCAAUCCGGAAUGCUUUUGAGCGCUACAAUCAACUGGCACCUUUGCAAACACCUCCCCAGGAAGUGUUGAAGUUCAGUGAGGUUGCAUCUUACGCAUGGUUGGGGAGUUUGAGUUGCUCAAACACUCACGGCAGGAAGUAUUGA